CAUUUACUUCAACCUACCUUUGGAAAACAAGGGGGCCCUUAAAACUGUGAUGGAGACCAUUGAACAAGUGAGUAGCAGUGCUUCACUGCAUCUAGAUUCUUAAACUUUGAACUAAUAUUGAGCUCACCAAGCCCUUCACCUUUACUAUGCCCUUUCGGAUAAACCUUUCCAUAUUAUGAUGCAAGAACAAACGUUGCAGACUAGUGGGAAUUUGUGGCCUAGGGAGUCUACAAAUAAAUGUUUCUUGGUUCUUAGCCACCAAAGUGCCAGGAUUAUGUGUCGUAAGGCUGAUGGAAUUGAAAACUAAUUAUCAGAAAAUUGAGGCCUAGAUCUCAACCAAAAUGCAAUAAAGCCUUAGCUUUUGGCUAGGUGCUAGCACUUGCUUUGCUAAUAGAUUGUACAUCUUUCAGAAUAAUUGCCAUCAUCACAGCCGUCUUGAGCAGUUGACAUGCCUUUCCUUGCAGCUGUCUUUGAGAGCGCCUUUAAAAUCGUUCCUUCCGGCUGUGUGUGAGGAUGUAUGAAAAUGGCCCAAAUACAACAAUCCUCCUCUCAACAACAGAAACAAACUCUUACUGAGCACAAACCUGACUCUUCCAAAGGAUUCUCGUGCGGUGAAGUUGGUUGUAUACGCACAAGGAAUAAAGUUAUUUGCUGUCAUUUCUCAUCAGAUGGGAAGUUGCUCGCUAGUGCCGGACAUGACAAGAAGGCUGUUCUGUGGAACAUGGAUACCUUGCAAACGGAGACCACCCCUGAAGAGCAUCAAUACUUGAUUACUGAUGUCCAGUUCAGGCCUAAUUCAACUCAGCUUGCAACAGCUUCAUUUGACAAGUCCGUGAGAUUGUGGGACGCUGCUAAUCCUAGCUACUGUUUGAAUUCAUAUACCGGGCAUACUUCUCAUGUUAUGUCAUUGGAUUUCCAUCCGAAAAAGAAUGAUCUAUUUUGUUUCUGCGAUAGCAACAAUGAGAUUCGCUACUGGAGUAUUAGUCCAUUCUCAUGUACUCGAGUUUCGAAGCAAGGAGGCCGUGCACACGUGAGAUUCCAGCCCCUAACUGGUCAGCUGCUGGCAGCCGCAUCGGAUAAGGUGGUUUCAAUCUUUGACGUCGAUAAUGACAGGCAACUGCAGUCUUUCCAGGGGCACUCUGGAGUGGUGAACUACCUUUGUUGGGAUCUCAGUGGUGAUCUACUGGCAUCAGUAAGUGAGGAGUCUGCCAAAGUUUGGUCAUUGAACACCGGCGAUUGCAUCCAUGAGCUAAGUGCAAAUGGAAAUCAGUUCCACUCUUGUGUUUUUCAUCCUAGCUCUUCAGCUCUAUUGGUGAUUGGAGGAAUGAGGUCUUUGAAGCUGUGGAACAUGGUUAAGAAUAAAAGCAUGACAAUUCCAGCCCAUGAAAACAUUAUUGCUGCUCUAGCACAGUCGCCGGUGACUGGCAUGGUCGCUUCUGCAAGUCAUGACAGUUCUGUCAAGUUAUGGAAAUAAAUGGGAAGACUCGAUUUCGUGAUAAAUGCACAUCUGCCUCCGCUUCAGAUGGUUAGAGAAGAGAGUCUUGCGUAGUUUAUGUUUUAGUGUAAUGUUUCUACAAAUAUCCAUUUUUCUGUUUGUUGGUCACAUUAGAGUUUGGUUUGCUUAAAGCAAGUUUGAGCAUACUGAACAACAGUUCGGUAGUAGCAGAGGAAGCUUAACAACUUCUGCAACUGCUCUUGGUGAUUAACAGCUAAUAAUAACAUGAUGUAAAUUUCAGCUCCUUUCGACUA